GCCAUGUGGCUCCUGCCUCUGGCCCCAACUGGGCCCCGGCGGGACAACCCCCGUCACCUGCCUUCCUGCAGCCCAGCGCUGCUGCUGCUGCUGGGCAGCUGCCUGGGGGUCUCUGGGGUGGCGGCGGGUUCUCGGAGGCCCAAUGUGGUGCUGCUCCUCACCGACGACCAGGACGAAGUGCUCGGCGGCAUGACACCACUAAAAAAAACCAAGGCUCUCAUUGGAGAAAUGGGGAUGACCUUCUCCAGUGCUUAUGUGCCAAGUGCUCUUUGCUGCCCAAGCAGAGCCAGUAUCUUGACGGGGAAGUAUCCACAUAAUCAUCACGUUGUUAACAACACUUUAGAGGGAAACUGCAGUAGUAAGUCUUGGCAGAAGAUCCAAGAACCAAAUACUUUCCCAGCAAUUCUCAGAUCAGUGUGUGGUUAUCAGACCUUUUUCGCAGGGAAGUACUUAAAUGAGUAUGGAGCCCCAGAUGCAGGUGGACUAGAGCAUGUUCCUCUGGGCUGGAGUUACUGGUACGCCUUGGAAAAGAAUUCUAAAUACUAUAAUUAUACCCUCUCUAUCAAUGGGAAGGCACGAAAGCAUGGUGAAAACUACAGUGUGGACUACCUGACAGAUGUUCUGGCUAAUAUCUCUUUGGGCUUCCUGGACUACAAAUCCAACUCUGAGCCAUUCUUCAUGAUGAUCUCCACACCAGCACCACACUCGCCUUGGACAGCCGCACCUCAGUACCAGAAGACCUUCCAGAAUGUCUUUGCACCAAGAAAUAAGAACUUCAACAUCCAUGGAACGAACAAGCACUGGUUAAUUAGGCAAGCCAAGACCCCAAUGACUAAUUCUUCAAUACAGUUUUUAGAUAGUGCCUUUAGGAAAAGGUGGCAGACUUUAUUGUCAGUUGAUGACCUUGUGGAGAAACUAGUCAAGAGAUUGGAGUUCAAUGGGGAACUUAACAACACGUACAUCUUUUAUACCUCAGACAAUGGCUAUCACACAGGACAGUUUUCUUUGCCAAUAGACAAAAGACAGCUGUAUGAGUUUGACAUCAAAGUUCCACUGUUGGUUCGAGGACCUGGGAUCAAACCAAAUCAGACAAGCAAGAUGCUCGUUGCCAACAUUGAUUUGGGUCCUACUAUUUUGGACAUUGCUGGAUAUAACCCAAAUAAGACACAGAUGGAUGGGAUGUCUUUAUUGCCCAUUUUGAGAGGUGCCAGUAAUCUGACGUGGCGGUCUGAUGUCUUGGUGGAGUAUCAAGGAGAAGGCCGUAAUGUCACCGACCCAACAUGUCCUUCCCUGAGUCCCGGAGUAUCUCAAUGCUUCCCAGACUGUGUCUGUGAAGAUGCUUACAAUAACACCUAUGCCUGUGUGAGGACCAUGUCAACACAGUGGAAUUUACAGUAUUGUGAGUUUGACGACCAGGAGGUGUUUGUGGAAGUCUACAACCUGACUGCAGACCCAGACCAAAUCACGAACAUUGCUAAAAGUAUAGACCCAGAGCUUUUGGGGAAAAUGAACUACCGGCUAAUGAUGUUACAGUCCUGUUCUGGACCAACCUGUCGCACUCCAGGUGUUUUUGACCCGGGAUACAGGUUUGACCCUCGUCUCAUGUUCAACAAUCAUGGCAGUGUCAGGACUCGAAGGUUUUCAAAACAUCCUCUGUAGCGACCUCUGCAGUUGGGUCCCAGCACACCUCUGUCUGAUGAAGUGAUUGUAGUAGGUUUCUGUAGCUAGUCCUCAAGACCACGCCUUGAAGAGUUUCUGGACUGGCUCUAAGUCCUGUUUGAAAAAGCAACCCAAUCAGCUGACUUCCUUGUGCAAUGUGUUAAACUGUGAACUCCGCCCACACGUCAGGAAUGGCUGUCCCUUCAUUCACCUAAUAACGAAUGCUCCUGAGGUCUUUGUCCUCACCCACACCCUUUCUGUCCUGGGGUCACAGUUCUUGAUUAUUCCCCAUGUGGCCAUAGUC